CACAUACACAAACACACACACAAGCAUACUCAUAACACAGAAGCUGAAGCACACGUAAAUUACAAAUUUUAUUUUGAAACAAAUGAAAACUACGGUCGAAAUCAAGUGAACGGAAUGCGGCAUUCGUAAAGUUCGUGAUAAAAUCCAAUAAAAUAAACAACAACAAUGUGCUAGCAUUAAUGUGCGUGAGUUUGUGCAAUUUUGCAAAGGCUUGGUUUUGGCCUCUUUGGUUUUCGGCCCAAAACAAGUAAUUCGCAAAAAAAAAACAUAGUCGCAACGAAACUGCAAUGCGCUGCUCUUGAGUGAAAGAGAGAGAGAGAGAAGGAAGGAAAGAUUGGAGGUAUUGUGUAAAGUGUUAAUUAAAGAAAAAAAUACCCCAACGAAUAAAAAGCACCUAUACCCUGCAAAUUCACAUUGUUCUAACUGCAUUUUAAAAGCAUAAGGCAAACAAACAAAUUCAUUGAUACACAAAAGACCGCGUGUUUGUCGCGUAGCGCCCAGCCGAAGCAAUAGCAGCAUCAAAUAAAUACCAGGGCUAGGCAUGCACAACAACGCUCUCGAAGACUGUCGAUAUAUUAUCGACUGUGUGAGUUAUCGCGCAAGGACCGCUCACUGAAAAACUCUUUUUGCUAAGUGGGUGGAUAUGUGGUGGUGUUGCAUGGUGUGAAAAAAGUGCGUGCGAAAUUUGUUUAUACUCGGAAAUUAAUGUUAGCGGAAUAUAAGUUGAGACUAUUUCGUGUUUUUGUGUAACUCUCUCGCAUAAACAAUGAACGUCGCCUGUAAACAAAUGAGCCGCCGACAGGACAUCAUUGCUGUUGUUGCCGUAUGGCGCUAUAGACAGUGCUAGCUAGUUGUGUUGUCCCCCAUUUAUAGCUGUGAAUAUGUGUUAGUUGCAGCGGCAGCAGCAGUGUUGCAGUCUGAAUCCUUGCUGAGAGGCAAUUGUCCUGUGCCAUCAACCGGUUUUCGCUUUUAUCGCCUCCUUCUGCUUUCGUAUCUUCUCCGCCCUGGUUUUUAACACAUAUGUAUGUAGGAACUGUAGGAUAUAUAGGUAUUAGUAUUAGCUGCGAAGUCUAGGAUAUUUUGAGAAGUAUGUCAAAUAACAAUCAUCCGCACGCUCACUUGAGUCAAGCGGCGGCCCAAAAUCCCUCAUGGAAUCCGCUGCAAAUACCUUCAUACAUACCGCGUCAGCCGCAGUUGGCGCACAUGUCCAACGAACGACCGAUGGUUCGCUCGCCGUUGGCGUGGCAUGCAUCCGCCCAGCCACUGCCGCCGCCGCCUCCCGAUGCCAUUUACAAUUUUAUGUCGGCCAAUCAUAAAAACCUGGAUCAUCAUCAUCAAAUGAAUCCUUUGCUGGCGCCGCCAUACAGUGGAACAUUGCCUUUUGACUCAAUGGAUUUGUCGCUGCAGUCGAGUCGCAGCGCUGCCCCAACGCUCAAAGCUGGUCAACAGCAGCAGCAACAAUCCCAGCAGCAACAACAACAAUCACAUCUUCAUGCACCUCCCAAUUACCCAACGAUUCACAAUCUGACCACAAAUACGCCCGCAGGAGCCCAGCCAGGACAUCUGGGCGAAGGACACCUGCCCGCCUCGGCGUCGCCUGCCAGCGCAGCCAGCAAAUAUUUGAAUGCCAACGGCGCUGGCAGUGCAGCAGAUUGCGAGAGUCUUUUGCCACCGCCACCAAAUACCCCGCCCAACAACAAUAACAGCAAUCACAGCAGCAAUAACAACAACAACAGUAGCAGUAGCAACAACAACAGCGGCAGCAGCACCAACAACAGUAGCAGCAGUAAUAGUGGCGGCAACAACAAUGUGCCACCGCCUCAUUACAUGCAGAAUCGAGAUGAGAACUUCAAGCUCACGCAGCUGAAGAAUAUGCAAAAGAACAGCGAACUGACGGGCAAAGAUUGCGGCUAUGUGAGUGGUGGCGCCUCCGGCAAACUGGGCACGCACAGCUUGCAACAGCAGCAGCAUGUAGCCAAAAAGCCCUCGCCACUGCGCAACUAUCAGCAACAGCAGCCAUACAACAUGACGCCCCCGCCGCCAGCCAAUAUGAAAUACAACGGGCCGCAGACGCCGCCAACGCCGCAGUCGCCUUUGGACUAUAAUCAGCUGCAUCUGCAUCAUCAGCUACAUGCGAAUGUUGCCAGCUAUGCGCCACAUCAAACACAACAGCCACAACACAAUAUGCAGCAGCCCGAACAGCAACAGCAGCAGCAACAUUUACAUUAUGCACCACCAACAACUCAUCAUAAUCAGCAUUUAGCACCACCGCCGCCGCCGCCAAGUCAUCACCAGUUUCAGCCACAAGCGCAAUCACAAGCACAGCAGCAACCACAGUCGCUGCACCAACAGCUGACGCCGCAACACACGCCACAAAUGCAUUCCCGCAGCACGCCAUUGGCGCAAUUGAAUCUCGACAUGUCCAAGCACAAGCCAAAUGCCGAUGAGACGCAGGAUGAGACGCAAACGAUCAUCACGGAUCUGUCCACAACUGCAACAUAUCGUGGCAACAACAAUGCACCGCCAGCAACAUCAACUGAUGACAAACAGCAACAGCUAGUUGAGGCACCUGAAUCACCCUACAUGACCACGUCGAAUGAGGAGUCGCUGGAGUCUAACAGUAACAGCAGCAAUAGUCGCAAGAGACGCAAACGCAAAGCGAGUCAAGUGAUGCGUCUAACACCUAGUGAGAAUUUGAAAAGGCAACGCACACCGAGUCCAACGCACAGCAACAGUUGCAGUCCCAAGCGAUCACCAGCCAAGAGUGGCAGCGAAGCCAACGAAUUUCAGCCAUUUGGGAUGGCCACGAAUAAAGAACAAAAGUUACACGACCUACCUCAAGAGAAUGGACGUGCCGUAUCGCCGCCAGUUGCUGCGGCAGCUGAGAAUAGCAAUAGUUCAUCGAUGUACAACGACGCGGACAAUCCGAAGACCAAGAAGCAGCGACAGGCGUUGCUGCAGCGCAAUCUUACAGAGCAACAACAACAACAGCUUCAGCAACGACGUCUUUCGCCAAAUGGUGAACAGUUGUCGGCACACGAGACGCUGCAAGCGAGCACAGUUGCCAUCAAGGAGCCUAGCAAUGACAGCAAAAUGCCACCGCCCAGUCCACAGAGCAAUAGUUCGAGCAGCAGCUCGAGCAGUUCCAGUGCUGGCACACACAGCAGCCACAGCAGCCAAACGAGUGAAGCGCAGCCGUCUAAGAGACACGAUACGGAGCCGCAGCAGGAUAUCAACAAGGUGAUCACCGACACCCCAGCCUCGCCGGCGCUUGUGGAGCAGGGCAACAUCGACGCACGGCCUGCGGUGAGCGUUCACGAUGACGAGGACGAAGUGCAAUCGCCAGCAGGAGCAAAGCAAUCGCCGCCAACAACAACUGUAGCUGCAGCGGUAACAGCAACUGUGACUGCCAAUGCGGAUCCCAGCCACUUUAACGAGGUGGAGGAUAAGCUGGAGGAAAUGUUUGCAGGCAUCGAAGAUGAGGAGCCGGCAAGUGAAACGCCAAGUGUGCAGGCAACAGCAACCGCAACGCAACAUGACUUAAGCGCACAGUUAGCACAGACCAAAGCGUUAGCUGAGGAUAAACCAGUUGUCAGCACACCACCAACUGUUGCCACAACCACACCCGCAGUAACUCCCACGCCUACGCCUGAGCUGCGGCCGAUGGCAACGAAAGCGGCCAUGAAAUCCACACUGCCCAGUCCCAUACACAGUCCAGCGGCACUAGCUGAAGUCAAGCAAGCCAAGGAGCCAUCACUCUCGCCACAGCCAAGUGCAAACAAUAUUGUUGCUCGUGCACCGCCAACGCGUAGCCUGCCGCCACGUCGUCUGUCGAUGGGCAUGGAUCCAUCUCUCUUACGCUUUACGUUCGAAGAGCAGGCUAAGCCCAAGAAGACGCCGGGACGCAAGAAACAGCAGCCACCGCAAGCAGAAAUGGAGACAGUGCAGCUGGACAGCGAUGAUGACAAGCCCAGCACUUCAGCAGCAGCUGCUGCAGCGUUGGCAGCACGCAAACUGAGCGAGGCGACAGCGGCAGCCAAGGCAGUGAACACCAAGGCGAACAACAACAGCAAUGCCAAGAAGAAAAAGAAGACAACGGCUGCCAAGAGCAAGAAACCAACGGGGAAGAACGCAGCCAAGCAGAAUGGCAAGAAGGGCGCCGGUGGACGCAAACCUUUCAGCACGGAUGAGGACAGCACACCGGCGCCGAAUCGCGAGAGCAGCAAUGGUGGUGGAGCUGCAGCGGCAGAUCUCAGGUUCAAAUCACCGUUCAUACUUAUCAAACCCGAUGGCAGCAUCAGCAUUAAGAACACACACAAUGCCGAGGAUGUAAAUGAGAAACAGACGAAAAAGAAGCAAACAAAGGCGCCGCACGAGCGCAAGAAUUUGCGAGGAAUGCACAGUUCCACCCUGAGCAAUCGUUACGAUGCGGACACCACGGACUCCAGUUGGAUUUGUGUGUUUUGCAAGCGUGGUCCACACAAGCUUGGAUUGGGCGAUCUUUUUGGCCCAUAUCUGGUGUCCAUUGACUGCGACGAGUAUCGCUGUGCACUGCAGAUGCCAGCAGGCACGCAAGAUGUUGAUGGAUUGUUUGUAAGCAAACGCAAGCGCACAGAUAUGGUCAAAAUGCAGGAACGCAAUCUGCCCGUGGUACCUGCAACGCUGGCCAAUAUUAUGCAGGCGCCCAAGAUCACCAUGCACAAGCGUAAGCGCAAGCAAACCCAUGAGAGUACGCAUUCGUACAGCGACGAUCAGAAUGAAUCUCAGUGCUCGUCACAGGAUCCACUCGACUGCAGUCACGAGGCCAAAUUCGUUGAGACAUUUCGCGGCAUGUCGAAAACCUCAGAGCAUGGCUACGAGAUUUGGUUGCACGAGGAUUGUGCUGUGUGGGCAAAUGACAUUCAAUUGAUUGGUGCCCAUAUCAAUGGCCUAGAUGCAGCAGUUUGGGAUAGCACAAGGUAUCAGUGUGUGCAUUGUGCACAGCCCGGAGCAAGUGUUUGUUGCUUUGAACGGUCCUGCAAGGCACCAGCUCAUGUACCUUGCGCCCGUUCUGCCAACUGGAGUCUCAGCGAAGAGAAUCGCAAAGUGUUCUGUGAGCUGCACACGCCGGACAAAGCUGGAGCAUCAGCAACAGCACCAGGGAAAACGCUUGGAGCGACGCUAGUGCCGCUGGCGAUGCCACAAAUGGAAGCUGCAGUGCCAGCGCCAGCAUUAUUCAACAUUAAUUCGCUUCCCUGAGUGCGCGUGCGCGUGCAGAAAUGUCGUCUGGUCAUGAAGCGCUGAGCGCACGAAAAGCUCGUCAUAAAAAAGAAUCCACUCCACAAAAAACAAGGAAUCGAAUCCUUAACCCAGGUGUUCACAGUUUCUCUGUACAUAUAUAGAACUAUGAUGUUAGAUGGAUGGAUGUGUGUGCAAGCAUGUAAAAACUAAAACGAGACUUAUUCAACAAUUGCAAAGGGGAUCAGAAACGUUUCUGACCCUGAUGCUCAUCCUGAUCCCGAUCCUGAUUGCUUUGUGUAAUCCUCAUUUUAAUCUUAUGUAAAAAGUGCUGUACAUUUUGUGUAGACUUCGAUGCAAGUUUACAAAUUAUUGUUUAAAUUAUUUUACAAAUUAUAUAUAGACUUUUAUAUAUUCAUAGAUAUAUAUAUAUAUUUUCUAGUUAGUAUUUACUUUACUAUAGUACCUUUUUAGUUAUAGUUAUUAUGUUUAUAUCUGCCUGGUUUACUGUCUUCGAUAGCACUUGCUGCUUGCAUCACAGAGGUCAUUAUUUAAUGCAUUAAUUAUUAUCUUUUGUGUAUUUUUAAUAAUUUCAUGCAUAUGCCAAUUGAUAAUUUAGUUGAAUUUUGUAUGUAAAAACAAAUACUCCAUGCCAUAACGUUAAAUUACACUACUGAUAAUGAGAAUGAUAUAUGCAUUGUGCACAGCAUUAAAUAAGUUAAGCAUUGUAACCAUAAAUAGAAAAUGUUUGACACCAAUUAAACACAAAAAAAGAAAACAAAAGCAAGAACGAACAUUCGAAAAUUAUUCAAAAUGGAUUAUUGUAAAACAAUAUACAUAUAUAAAAUGAUAUGAAAGGUAAUUAAAAAGUAUAUUUAUAAUUAAAUAAUGAUAAUUACGUUAGCGACAUGUAAAAGGAUCAAGGAUAAAACAUUGUAUUGUAUUUGUAUUCAAUAUAUCAUUUUAAGGUCAAAUUCGAAAUACACAUAAACAUUAAACAAUAAAUCUUAAUCUCACAAUGAAAAAAACAACAAAAAAAACCAAAGAUUCGUUUUCAAAA